AUGCGAGCUCCUCACCUCUUCAUGGCCGCCCUCGCGGCCAACCUCGCAACAGCGGUGCCCGAGGGGGUUCCCAGUAGCCCUCAAUACAAGAAUGUACUGCCCCUCCCAACCCAAAGAACCAACAACCUCAAUCUUCCCAUGAGAGCCAGCCACCCCAUGAUGCGAGUCGACGAGCCCAACCAGCUCACGCCCGCCCCGGCGGCCCCAACAGACACCCCUCGAGUCGUCACCGAGCUUGUCACCGAGACAAGCACAACCUGCAACUGCGAGACAAGCUCGGCAUCGGCAGGACAUAUCCCACUCAGCAGCCAGGCUUACGGAGCCAGUUCUAGUUCUCGGGCGAACGUGGAUGUUGUGCCGAGUGCUUGGGCGGAGCGUCCGUCUGCGGUCGAGUCUAGUGGGAGUGGCAGGGCGACACCUGCAGCUGAGUCUACUAGUGUUAGGGUGUUCGGCCCUGCCUCGAGUGCCAAUGUGCCUGCGGCGGAAUCUAGCGCGGCAGUGUUCGGUCCUGCGACUACUGGCACGGUGAGGGCUUCGUCUGUAGCUGGUCAUGGUCCCGGUCCGGCUUAUGCGUCCAGUGAGAGUGCGGGCGCGGCUACUCCUUCGACUGAGUCGAGUGUCCGCGUGUUUGGCCCUGCUUCUAGCGCGAAAGCUCAUGCUACGACUCCGGCCUGGUCUAGUAAGGCAGCCUUUGGUCCCUCUUCGAGCGAGGCUGUGAGGGGUACACCUUCGGCUGAAUCAAGCGUGCGAGUGCACGGACACACAUCUAGCGAGAGUACCAAGGCCACGCCGGCAGCUGAGUCGAGCGUGCGAGUGUACGGACACGCUUCUAGUGCUGAUGCGGGAGUUACGCCUGUCGCUGCGUCUAGUGAGGGAGUCUUUGGUCCUGCAUCUAGUGAGGCUGCUAAGGCUACGCCUAUCGCCGAGUCGAGUGUCCGAGUGUUCGGACCGGCGUCUAGCGCCAACGCGGAGGCCACACCUGUCGCUGCCUCUAGCCAGGGAGUCUUUGGCCCUGCUUCCAGUGAUGCCGUGAGGGGUACACCUUCGGCUGAAUCAAGCGUGCGAGUGCACGGACACACAUCUAGCGAGAGUACCAAGGCCACGCCAGCAGCUGAGUCCAGUGUGAGGGUUUUCGGGCCAGCAUCCAGCGAGACAGUCUUCGGUGCUGAGAGCACUCCUUCCGGAUCAAGUUGUUCGGACACACGAACUACGCCUACCACUGCUUCCAGUGGACGGGUGUUCGGUCCUGCGUCCAGUGCGACUCCGUCUCAUGCAUUGUUUGGUACCCAGGCGGCUGUGCCGAGUGGGGUUGAUGCUCUGAGCGGUGCGCCCAGUGGACAGCCGGAGCACUUCCAGACGUUCCAGGGCGCAGCGUCGGAGAAGAUGGUACCGGGUCUUGCUAUGAUGGGGCUUUCGGGCUUGCUGGGGGCUUGGUUGGUCCUCUAG